AUGAGCGGGGCCCCGGGCGGCCGCCGGCCGGCCUUCCCCGGGCUGCCAGGUAGGGCAGGUGCUGGGGGCGGAGCGGGGUUUGGGGGGGGGGCCGGGGGAGCUCCCGGGGGCCCCCCCCGGACCCAGCGGCCCGUCCCCGCAGGGGAGCUGGUGCUGGAGGAGGCGGCGGGCGCCCGGCAGCGCUGCGGCGAGGGCGGCGGCUCCGUCCCCGGGACGCUGCUCUGCACCAACCGCCGCGUCGCGUUCCUGCCCGCGCAGGCCCCCGGUUCUCGUGCCUUCCUCCACAGCGAGUACGACGUGGCGCUGCCCUGCAUCCGCAAGCUGGUGGCAGCCAGCAGCUUCACCAAGCCCAAGGUGCUGACGGCCGCCUCCACCCUCAAGUUCAUCCCCGAGGAAUUGGCUGUUUUCUGCCGGGAUUUCCGCCUGCUCCGCUUCCAAUUCCACGAGAACGGGCUGGCUCCGCAGGCGUUUCGAGUCGCCAACGCCAUCGCCCAGGCGCGGGAGGCGGCUGCGUGGCUGGGGGACGCCGGCGAGGGACAGGAUGGCUGGGCCUGCCCUGCCCAAGGCCCUUUGGAGGAUGAGGAGGAGGAGGACAAGGAGGAGGAGGAGGAGGAGGAGGAGGAAGGCUCAGCUGCCACUUUGCUCUUCGAGAGCCUCCACGACUGGGAGAAGGAGCUGAAGCGCCUGGGAGCUGCGGGCUGGAGGGUGAGCGCCGUCAACGAGCGCUUCGACAUGGCCCCCAGCCUCCCCCGGUACCUGUGGGUGCCCAGUGGGCUCCUGGACCACGACCUGAAGCGAACGUUCGCCCACUUCGAGGAGCACCGGGUGCCUCGCCUGUGCUGGCACCACCCGGGCGGCGGAGACCUGCUGAGAGCCGCCAGCUUCCACGCAGCCUCGGAGCCAGGCAGCGAGGACGUGAGGUGCCUGGAGGCUUUGCUGCUGGGGGGCCGCGGGCCCUGCGUGCUGGCCGACACCGCCGAGCUGCCCACCCUCGCCGACAUCCAGCUCGCCCACCUGAAGCUGCGGGCGCUCUGCCUGCCCGGCGCGGCGGCGGAGGAGAAGUGGCUCUCGGCUCUGGAGGGGACGCGCUGGCUGGACCACGUCCGUGCCUGCUUGAGAAAAGCCGUCGAGGUGGCCUCACUGCUGGCGGGGAGACGCUGCUCCGUCCUCCUGCAAGAACCAUCAGACCGGGACCUGAACUGCCUCCUGGCCUCCCUGGUGCAGCUUUUGGGGGACCCCCACGCCCGCACCCUCCCCGGCUUCCAGAGCCUGGUGCAGCGGGAGUGGGUGGCAGCCGGGCACCCCUUUCCGCGCCGGCUGGGGCUCCUCCGCCGCGACACCCCCCGCGAGGAGGCCCCUGUUUUCCUGCUGUUCCUGGACUGCACGUGGCAACUGGUGCGGCAAUUCCCGGCGGCUUUCGGCUUCACCGAAGCUUACCUCCUCGCCCUCCACGACAGCAGCUUCGCCCCUUACUUCAGCACCUUCCUCUUCAGCUGCCAGCGCCAGCGGGGCCACGGGAGCCCGCCCGCCGACGCCUGGCCAGGGCCGGGGGUCGGGAACGUGUUUGUGCUGGCCAAGGGGACGUUGUCCCCCCAACCCUUUCCCUGGAGGAGCGGGCGCCCCCCCCCCCGCCUGUCCCGCUGGGCCCCCUCCCUGGAGACCCUCAGCGAGCGAGGGGGGAAUUGGGGGGGCAACCGGCCCCCCCCGGGGCUGCUGCUGCCCUGCGCGGCGGGACCCUCCGUCCGGCUCUGGCGACGCUGCUACCUGCGGGGUCUGCCCGAGGCACAGCGCGGGCGCUUCGCCCCGUCUCCGGCCGGCCUGGCCGAGGAGCUGACGCUGCUGCAGGACCGGCUCAGCGCCUGGCAGGCGCAGGGACCCCGCGCCGCGGCCGACAGCCCCCUCGCACCCUCGCGGUGAGGAUCCCCGCCGCCGGGACCCCCAGCCACGCAGGUUUUGGGGACCCCCCCCGCCUCAAACCACCCCUUGAGCUCCUGCUCCUACCCGGGGCCGUGCCUGG